AUGCAGGUGUUGGAAUCCAUUACACCAGCAAACCCACCAAGUGCUAUUCAAAUGGACCGAACGUACCACACAACAGAAGCCGCAUAUUCCCUACCAAAUGAAGUGCAACCCAACAGCAAUGUAGAACACCAGCGACUAGAAAUGCAGCACUCGCUGUUUAUCGGGCUGAUGGAGGGACGGAUCAUGCACGCUCCCAUAUCGAACCAAAUCAGCAAAGCAAUAGACAUCGGAUGCGGUACCGGAUCAGUCACCCAUACUAUUGCCUCCGCAUAUCCUUCGACGACAGUCUACGGCGUGGAUUUAUCCCCAAUUCCAGAAUACACGCGGUCGAGGUUACCAAACCUGAGCUACGUCCAAGCCGACUUCGACGAAUUGGUAUCCCAGGACCCGCCAGAUCCACGCUUUAAACCUGCCUCAUUCGACUACGUCUUUUCCCGCCUUCUUAUAUACGGAAUAAGCGACUGGCCCACCUACCUCUCCCGCGCCAUUUCCCUAGCAAAACCUGGUGCAUGGAUUGAAAUGCAAGAGGCAGAUUACCACUGGUACCGGAUUCCCAUGUUUCCAUCCUCCCCCUCUCCCGCGGCCGAAACCUUCGCAUCUCACAAUCUCACGCUAUCAGAAUUAACAGCAGAAAUACACCCUUCAGAAAGACUGAAAAGUGAGACACUUUGGAGCCAAACAAUGAACGCUCUCCUCCUCGCAAAACACCUCAAUCCACACGCUGGCUCUUCCCUUGCGUCGCUCAUGUCUGCUGCCGGAUUGGUCGAUAUCAACAUCCGUAGAUAUAUUUCUCCUGCUGGCGUAUGGCCAGGCCUCACGCCCGAAGCGUCCGCUUUUGGGAAGUAUGUGGGGAAGCAGACGCCUUUGAUGUACGUCCCUGCGAUCCGCAAACUAGGCAGGGAGACGGGAUGGGACGAAGGUGAAGUCGAGGCUGCGGUGCGGAAUUUAGAAGCUGAGUUUGAAGGUAGAGAAGACGGGCAGAGACUGUGGUUUUGGGUAUAUGUUGUUUGUGGACGGAAGCCGAAUGAAGAUGGAAAGGAAUCUGGGAGUUAA